GCUACUUUCACUGAUGUGUUUACUCUCAAACAAUAAUUCCGUGUAUUGAUGGAUAUCCAAUUAGUUUACAAUUUGAUCAUAUAUUACUUUUCAAACAUCAACUUAUCCCGGUUGAAUGUUAUUAGUUGUUGGAGCUCUCAAGAUCGCUUUCAUUUUUCGAAUUUGACUAGCUCAGAAUGGAUAUUCGUGAGGCAUAUUCGUUUAUCUGUAGAUGAUUAUAUUAGAGGUAUUCAGAAACUAUGUGAGUACGGCUCGGGAGAAUCAGAAGGAUUGGUUUUCGACUAUGCCUGCUCGGAAGCACAACAAGUUUUAGAGGAGUUUUCUAAUCGGAGGUGUUUUACCAUGACAAGAUAUUGGCUCAUCUACGAGACUCCAAGAUACCGAUUACUGGAAAAUUUAAAAGAUACUAAUCUCAGCAUUGACGCACAUAUUACAUACGCUAAAUUUACCAAAUCAUUCAACGGUCAUUCUGGAGUAUUUGAUCUCUAUGACGUCUAUAAUAAUGGAAAAGAGCUGGGUGGGCUUUUGUAUGUGUCCUUCGAUGAAACUCUUGAUUGCUCAGCUUACGAAGGACUAGAUGGAUAUAUACCAUGUAGGAUUGUCAACCGUUCGCAACUGGGUUCGAUGUCCUUUUUCCACAAUCGUGCUUUGAUGUCAGAUAUAACUAUGCGGAUUUCAACCGUGCUAGUUGGAAUGGAUUUGAAUCAAUCAGAUGAAAUUCUAUUGAAAUACUUAGACUCAAUCGACAAGGUACAUGUCAAUAACAUCGGAAGAUAUGGAUACCGUUUUGCUUUGCUUUUGAAGGAUGUGUUUGGAUACAAUGUGAGCUGGUCCUUUCUUGGCAUGUGGACAGAGACCUUUACAUCAGGGGGAGCACUUAGCCAGAUCGAACUAGGCCAAGUGGACCAAGUUUCGACUCCCUUCGCAAUAGUUACAGGGCGCCUUACUGACAUCUGGGUUGCCUUUGAAGGCACUAGAUUUCGGACUUCGUUCUUUUUUCUAACUUCCAACAGUUCUGAGUUAACUGGAUAUCGAUUUGUGAAACCUUUUCAAGAUACUGUAUGGUUUUGCGUUCUUGGAAUGGUUGCGGCAUUUAGCAUCGGUUUGAAAAAGAUAUUUAUCCUGGAAAGGCAACUGCGUUAUGAUUCAUUGUUUAUUCCGUCCUAUCUUUCCACAAUAUUAAGCGGUUUCGGAACUUUAUGUCAGCAAAGCUCGUUGUUUAUACCGAGAAGUUCAGGUGGCAGGAUAUCUUAUAUAUUUUUCUUGGUGUCCACCUUUUUGCUGUACAAUUAUUAUACGUCACUGAUUGUAGCUUUUCUGUUGGGAUCGCAAGAGAAGUCUAAUAUCAAAGAAUUGACGCAAUUGGCUGAUAGCGACUUACAGAUAGGAAUUGAAGACGUGGCUUAUACUCGAGCCUUUUUGACCUUUCAAGAGCCUCGUCUCAUCCAUUUUCUAAAAAAGAAAAUAGAACCUGUAAGGGAUCCAAAAGCAAUUUGGAUACCAAUUGAGGAAGGCAUGAAAAGGACACGCAGUCGUGGGUAUGCAUAUCACUGUGAAGUUUCACUUGGAUAUUUUUUCAUGGAGCAGUAUUACACUCCUAAUGAAAUUUGUGAUUUGAAUAUGGUGGAUCUCCAACCGCAGAAAUCGCUCGGGUUUUUUAUAAAAAAAGGAUCACCAUAUCAUGAUUUCUUCAAGAUAAAAUACCUUUGGAUACGGGAAACCGGACAUGCUUCCAAACAUGUUCGAUAUUGGUUUAAAAGGAAGCCACCGUGCUUGGCGCGGGGGGUCAUAAACACAGUUGGAAUUGGGUAUGCUGCUCCAUUGUUCCUAAUUUUAGUAAUUGGUAUUAUUGUUUCAGUUUUACUCUUAUUUAUUGAAAUUUGUUUUGAACAUAUUGCGGAAAGGAGCUAUCGUUAGUGACAAAACAUGCGCUUCAAUGUAGGGUACACCAGUUGUCUGGUCCGGUUGUUAUUUUAAAGGAUUCCUUUCAAAUUACAGUCGGGGGAUUAGCACAAUUUUAGUUACACAGUGAACACACAACGUGGAGAAUAAUCUCUUACGUACAAUAGAUACUG